GCAAGUUCCAAGUAAUAGUUAGAGAAAUUCUUCAUCUGACUUAGUCUUUAAAUUCACCGGAAAACUUCCUUAAGAAGAUAUUGCAUCCAUGCUAUAAAUAUCCACUCAUUAAUUCUGCAACAAGCACAACGGCUAGCUUUUGUCAUUGAGCUGAAAUGGAAGCAGGAAAAGCAAAGAUGGUGCAUUUAGAAUUUCAAGAUUUGCUACCAAUUAUGGCCAAAAAGCUAGGAAGAGAUGGACUGAUCAACGAGCUAUGCAAAGGUUUCCAAAUUUUAAUGGAUGGUGACAAGGGAGUGAUCACACUUGAGAGCCUAAAGAAGAACUCUGUGCUACUGGGGUUGCAAGAUUUUAGUGAAGCUGAGUUAAAGAACAUGCUUAUGGAAGGAGAUAUGGAUGGUGAUGGAGCUCUUGAUCAGAUUGAAUUUUGUAUUUUGAUGUUUAGAUUAAGUCCUGACUUGUUAGAUGUGGCUCAACAAUUGUUACAUAAAGCUCCUCAAAAGCAUAAGUGAUGUUGCAGUCUGUAUCCUUUUUUUUUUCUUCUUAUUUUCUGAUCUUGAUAUGCUGAUUCACAUGUAAUGUUUCAUUUGAUUUUAAAAUGUGACACUUGAUCUGCAACUUGAACUCGAACAAGUCCCUUUGUCUGAUAGCUCAUAAGCAAUCAAUUCGACUC